AUGUCCUCGGAUAAACUGCAAGAUUCACCCCAAGUUCCCAUCACGACACAAUCAAACACCUAUUCCCUCUACAACCUCCCCAAAUCAGCACUCAUGUUAAAACACAUCCCUCCCCUGAGGGCUCAUCUCCGCCAUAUACUCCCCAAGCGUGCACUCCACAUCACCUCAAUAAGCCGAGCCUUGUCGCCCUCUGACAAGCUAUGGAUUGCACCAUCAGAUGCGGACCCCUCCACACGAGACUACACACUUGCGUUCCGUGCCGCCCGUCUCCCAAAGCCAGCAACCGCUGAAACGCUUCCGCAGAUAUGCCGGAGCAUAAUCAACUCGAACCCGAACAUCUCCGUUUCUUCCGCCGUCCGAAAGACAGUGGAGCGAGCGGGGUACACCUGGGAGAAUUGCGGGAGCUGUGAAAAGACAACGCUUUCACCACGAGAACAGGAUUCCAGAAAAGCGGAGGACGUCCCCGCACUGCUAGUCCUCCCAUUCCCAAUGGUCCCCGCAGGUCCCUCCUUCGCCGCAAUACCGAGAAGGCAGAUAAAAGGCACCUGCCGCGACCUCGCGGACCUAAGCUACCAAUUCAACCCCUCCCUAUCUUCACUCUCAACAAUCGAGAGGGGGAUAUAUGUCUCAACCCUGUGGAAACGCCUCCUCCCACUCUUCAAGGGAACCCUCCGCGCAAGCAUACACAAGAUUCUACCGGACGAGGAGCGAGAAGCACAGAUUGAAAAGCUGGUACACAGGUUCGAAGUAUCCGGGUGCCUAACUGUGGUGUUCAUCCACGCGGAACUAACAGACGAGAACAGCCUUCCGCUAGUUUCCCGUGAAGUUGAAGAAUGUGACUAUAUAAAUGCCACAAACGGUCUCUGGUCACCCGUCCUGGCGAUCCUGAGCAAUGGUCUAUCGUUUCAGUACUUUAUCUACAAUUCCAUCACGGCGCCGACAAAGAUUUCUGCAUCGAUGGUGUUCAACUGCCUUAGACUGCCACCGACCGAGACCGAGUUUGGAAAGGAUACCGUGGAAGGGACGUUGCAGAGAAUGUACUAUGUGUUUCUGUGCGGGUAUAUCAACGGGAUUAAGGCACAGAUUCAGAGGAUUUCGGUGGUUUAUGGAGACGAGGAGGAUAGGGCGGGUUGGGCGCUAAAGAAGGCGCUGGAAGAGGCGGAAUGGGCUUUGGAAGCUUCCAAAGAGGCGAUAGAUGGCAAUGCGAGUGCGGAGGAGGGGGUGGAGGCUUUGGCGAGAAGGUCGGUAGGCACUGGUACUCGAUUAGAAGGUGAGUGUGCUAGGACGUUGGGUUCUCUUUUUUCCCGGCAAGGGAAAACACCGCAAACUCAGUCCUCAAUUGGGGCAAAACAGGAGCGAUAUGCGCAGUGCCUGGCUAAGGAGAGACAACUCGAGUACAGCGUCCUGGCACACUUUAUCUUCCAUUAG